AUGACAACUAGCCAGACUACAAGGACUGGCCAGACUACAAGGACUGGCCAGACUACAAGGACUGGCCAGACUACAAGGACUAGCCAGACUAUGACGAUCGGCCAGACUUCAAGGACCGGCCAGACUACAAGGAUCGGCCAGACUACAAGGACCGGCCAGACUACAAGGACUAGCCAGACUACAAGGACUAGCCAGACUACAAGGACUAGCCAGACUAUGACGACUGGCCAGACUACAAGGACCGGCCAGACUACAAGGAUCGGCCAGACUACAAGGACUAGCCAGACUACAAGGACUGGCCAGACUACAAGGACUAGCCAGACUACAAGGAUCGGCCAGACUACAAGGACUAGCCAGACUAUGACGACUAGCCAGACCACCUGGCCCCUUGAAAGGAUCGUUUUUGAAACAUACCCUCUUGUGUUUGAGUCCUAG